AUGGUGGAUCCGCACGAUGUGGCUACUCGUAUAUCGUCUGGAGACGUCGAGGGCAUAGCAUGUUAUUACUGUGCGGUCGUGUGCUUGCUCUGGUAUGACUACCUCCUCACGUUCAGUGAGGAAGUACAGUAUAUCUGGAAGUCGAGGUUAUCAGUAUCAUCUGUCCUGUUCUAUGUGAUUCGCUACAGCGCGCUAUUGUCGUCAAUAUGUGAAGUCCUUGCGACACAAGGAUGGCUGAAGAACCAUAGAUCUAGGUAA